UUUGCAUUUUUUUUUUGCAUGUGUUUUUUUGACACAAUCACACAGUUCUUAUUUUGAUGGCAACCACACUGUAACUUGAUUCUUUUUCUCCUAAGAUGCAAUGUUUUAUUAGUUAUUUAAUUAGUCAUAAUGAGUGGACAAAAUAGUAAGAGCUAGCUACUGUAACAAGGUUUUCAAAAUAUAUAUAUGUAAAAUUUGUUUAGAAGAAUACAAUAAUAAUUCAAAAUUGGUUGUAAAAAAGGGGAUAUGGAAGUUUUAUCUAAAGACUAUGCUAAUUUUCAUGUUGUCACACCACCAGAACAGUCACCAAACCAAUCACCAUUAAGUUUAAGUCCAUCACCUGAACAACGUCAUAGUCCUCGAGGACCAUCCCUCGAGCAAUCCUUACAUAUUAUUGUUGAACCUCAGAUGGAUGGUCAUACCAACUUUAUUCAUUUAAUAAACCCACCAACUGGGCAAAUAUUAUCAUCAUUUCUAGCUGAGCAUGGCUCUCAUAUUGAAAUCCAACCUGGUGUUUAUUUCCGUGUUCCUUUUCCACAUGAACAUGGUUACCAGUACCCAGCUGUGCCUCCAAUGCAACAACCACAAGCUUACCCAUCACAUUAUCCAGGUAAUGCAGUUCCUUCACAUGCAACAAAUGAUACUUUACAUGUACAUACUGGCCAUAUGGUCAUUCCCACACAACAAUAUAAUCCGUCUUGUCCUAUCCAUGGGUCUCCUGUUAGUUCAAAUGGCCAACAGAGUGGAGAUGAAAGAUUAGAUAAACGUCGAGAGAAAUUACAGAAAAAAUUAAGAGAAAAAAAUGAUCAAAUGAAAUGUACAUGCUUCAAGUAUCAAAAUGAACCACAACAUCAGAGCAGUGAUGCAAUUGAUGGGGGAAUGGUAGAUACACAUUGUCAAUCAUCCUCUACAGUUGUAACAGAAGAUUCUAAUCAUGAGUCAGAUGAAGAAAUUACAUUGUGUGUACCUCCGAAAGCAUGUGCAUCGAGUCCAUAUGCAAUAAUUAUAUCAUGGGAUGAAUGUAUAUCAAACAACAGCCACCUUUUGAAAUGCGAGUUUGACCUACAAAUAUCAAACAAGGGGCAUAAUUUCAAGUCAAUAUAUAGUGGUCAGGAAACCCAGUAUACUGCAAUCGGUUUAUCACCUGAUACAGAAUAUAACUUCAGAGUAUGUGCAUUACUUAAUGGAAAAUGUGGACCAUUCUCUAAAACAGUUUUAUGUCGUACUCAUUGCACAGUACCUGAUAAACCUUUGCCACCAAGAAUAAUACAAAAAACAAAAAAUGCAUUAACGUUAAAGUGGACUACACCAUUGGAUGGAGGCUCACCAAUCACCUAUUACAAACUUCAAUGGAGCAGAAACUUGGACUAUUCUCACUUUGAUGAUCUAUUUGUGGGAUUACAAAAACAAUAUAAACAUAUUCAUAAACUGCCUCCAGGUACACCAUGUUUGUAUAGAUUACAAGCUGGAAAUGAAUUGGGUGCAAGUGACUUCAGUCAAAUAUUGGAAUGUUUGACGAGUGCUGGGCCACCAGCACCUCCAGACAAGCCUGAAUUAUUACAGUGCAGUUUUAAUAUGAUAAAGCUACAAUGGAAUGAACCUGAAAACAAUGGCUCUCCUGUAACCGAAUACAAACUGGAAAUGGAGGACCCAACAGAUGGGUAUGGUUUCAUUGUACAAUAUUGUGGUGCAGCCAGAUCAUAUUGUUGUACAAAAUUACUGCGUAACACUUCCUACAAAUUUCGGGUGCUUGCAACAAAUGACCAAGGUUCAAGCAAACACAGUACACCAAUUGUUGUCACCACAUAUCCAGAGGCUCCUGGAAAAAUGGAGAAACCAAAAUUAAAUGGAAAAAUCAGGACACAUACCAUCCCUGUUAAAUGGGAGCCUCCAAAGGACACUGGAGGAGAUCAAAUUAUUGGCUAUAUUUUGGAAAUUGACGAUGGAAAAGGUGGCCUUUUUCAGAAAAUAUAUCAUGGUUCGGAUCGUGAAUUCAUGAUUGAUCAAAGAAAGCCUGGGCAUAGUUAUAGAUUACGGGUUGCGUCUGAGAGCAAAGCUGGCAUUGGCCCUUGGUCACCCAUUGCAACCAUGACAACAGUACCUGUAUGUCCACGUGAUUUAUUACCACCAAGGUUAUCAAAAAAUGCCCAACCUGAAAUGAAAAAUUUAUAUAUAGAAUGGGAUCCUCCUUUGGAUAAGGGUGGUGCAGCGAUUUCAAAUUAUGUUGUUCAGAUGGCACACUCACCUAAACAAGAAUUUUGCAAAGUAUACAAUGGAGCAAAACAAAGUUGCCACAUUCCAAAUUUAUUACCUGGGACAGAUUAUUUCUUUAAAUUGCAGUGCUUCAAUUCUGCAGGGGCAAGUCCAUGGUCACCAAUUUCGACAUUAAGAACUGCUCCUGGUCCGCCGGACUCACCACUGCCACCUCUGGUGAGCUUUAAAUCACCCACACAUAUUCGAUUGGAUUGGAAUGAACCUGUGUUACAUGGUAGUGAGGUCACUGGAUAUUGUGUGGAGAAGCUUGAGCAGGAAACGUUUCACAAGAUUUAUCAAGGAACUUGUUUAUUUUGUGAAAUAAAAAGAAACAUUGAACCCGCCAAUGUUUACUACUUUCGAAUACAGGCUCUAAGUAAAGCUGGCAACAGUCCAUACAGCCACAUCUGCACAGUCCAGACGCCACCAGCCCCUCCAUGUUCUGUCACAGAUAUCAAAGUUAUUGAACAAACUUCGAAUUCAUGUCUUGUUCAAUGGAAGCAUCCUGUAGAUAAUGGUUCGCCAAUUUAUGAGUAUGUUGUGGAGGCAACUGGCACAACAUCACUUAUAUGUACUGUACCCUGUCCUAAACUCUCCCCCGUGCGUGAAAACACAAGUAUGGAAUCAACGCAUACAGACAAAAGCUUGGAAGAUGAUGACAGUGAUGUAGACAGUGUGGUGGAGAGCGAUAAUGAAAUAGUAACUGUCGGAACUGACUCAUUUACUGGUUCUGAAACCUCCUCCUCAGUGGCUUCAGCAAUGAGAGAUGACACGAUGGAAUAUAGACUGACUGGUUUAACUGCGGAUGCCUCCUACAAGUUACGACUUCAAGCCGUCAAUCAAUGCGGUGCAGGCGUGUUCAGCCAUCCAAUUCAAUUCUUUACCAAAGAAUUACCUCCCCUUCCACCAUCGUUGAACUCAUCAGCGGUUUCAUACCACAGCCUGAAACUGAAGUGGGGUGACUCAAGUUCGUCGAAGAGAUCACUUGCCGUACUUAAUCAUACACUGCAAAUACAGAAUAAAUCUGGAAGCUUUACUUCCAUCUACUCCGGCAUUGGCACCUCCUUUACAGUGAGCAAAUUGAAGGAACUUACUCCGUACUGUUGCAGAAUAAGAUCGAAAAAUGACGCAGGCGAGGGAGAGUUUUCUAAACCGAAAAUUUUUUACACAAAAGCUCAGCCACCCAGUGCUGUAAGAGAUUUGAAAACGAAAAAUAUUAAACAAUCAUCAGUAGAUCUGUCCUGGUCUCGAUGUGACAAGCUACGCGAAGAUGACGUCAUUGAGUAUGUCGUUCAACAAAUGCAUCAGGACCACUCAAAAGAUUUCCUGCAGGUAUAUUGUGGCACUGACUCACAUCACAUUGUAACAGGAUUAAAACCCGAUCAAAACUAUCAAUUUAGAGUAAACGCGGUUCGAACCCUAUCAGAAAAUAUUCGAUUAAGCGCUCCUUACGGGGUCAAGGAAAUCAAGGGUGUUUUUAGUCCUGUGGUUAGAGUGCGAACACUUUCUGAAGUCACCAUUGUGGAGAGUGACGCAAAGAAUGCUAUUAAAGUUCCUGAUGGCGAAGAAUGUAAACAAAGACGUUUGACAGAUACACAUAUUGCUUUAGCCAUACUUGGAACUUUCUUGGUGCUGUGCAUGCUGAUUGCCAUAGUGCUAAGGGGAGUUCUUGGUGGGUAUUAACAACGUGGUUUCCAUAUAUACCUUUAGCAAAUUUCGUUAUUUUAAAAGUUAAAUUAUAUUCUAUGUAAUGUCAAGCUUCAAUUCUGUGAACGCGAAAUUGAAGCUUAUUCGUUGACGAAGUUUAUAGAAAGCUUCUAUCACACAUCUAUGAGGUUGAUUUGCGAGUGGGAAAUGGUACUGCUUUCAACAAAAUCUCGCAUUUUUUUUUUUUUUUUUUUUUUUAUAUGUUUUUAACCUGAUCUUUAAAAACGCACCGAAUCAAAUAUUUUGGACAUGAUAAUUUGAUGGGUUUUUAACUAUUUUUUUCUUUGCUAUUUCGUAUGUUAAAAUGUAGAUACUUGUAGAAAUUUAUUAGAAAAACACACGCCUUAUAUAAUAACCAUUUUCGUUGGGCUGUUAGAUUUAUAAAUAUAUAUUAUUAUAUUCAGUAUUAUAAGAAAGCAAGUAUAUUUAUUGUUGUAUUAGCGAACAAAAUUUUCGUGUUUUCUUGAACUUUUCAGUGAUGCGUGACUUGUGUAAAUCUUCCGCCCAUAGCUUUAAGGUUGAAUGCAUUUGCUAUACUUUUAAAGUCUGUUUGUUUAAUGUAGUAUUGUUUAUGGCCUUUGUCAGGUUGGCGGUCUAUUUUUUGUUGAAUGUUUUCAGUGUGCUUGUAUUACGUGUCAGCAAUCUCGUGCCCAGAGCUCUUUUGUCGAUUGCCAGAAUGAAAAAGAGUUCUGGAGACGAGGUGAUCUGUAUUAGGUGAGUCACACUGAGUGCCAUCUCGCAUCAAUUUGCCUCGAAGCAGUACUUGACAAUGCGGAUGAUUUCUCUCAGUGUAAACUAACCUUUAUAUAGAACCUGAUCUAUUUUAAGAUAACUAUUUUUCUCUGUUUCUGUUAUUGGUAAUUUUUAUGGUGUUGUUAUGAAAAGAAAUCCUAUAUUUUUUUUACACAAUAUGAUGAAGCAGUAAAAUACGCAUAAUUCAGAAUAAUAUAUUCGUUCAUAGUAUUAAUUAUGCGAAACUUUUUUGAUAAUAAAUUAAAUACAGGAGCGUUGUUUUGUAGUCUAUAAUCUCAAGCUAAUCGUAAACAUUUUAAAAUUAACUUCGUUUCUAGGACUGUUCACUUUUUUUGAUAAUCGCUGUCUGAUUGUCAUGGGAAAGUCGUGGGAACGAGGUUGUAAACCAGUUUAAUUAAUUUUGACGAAAGGUAAUUUCGACUCUGUUAAGACUUAAAUAAAGAAGACUUGAACGAAGUUGAUUGGUUUUUAGUAUGCUGCAUUUCCACUCAAGAACAAAAUUGAAUGGGAUCGGAACGGAACAGAACAGAACAAGAAAAAUACUUCAAUUUGAUUAGCUGCUAAUAAUUUUUGUAUUCCUCCUGUCCAUGAAAAAUGUUGAAAUGCUUUCAACUUUCAGUUUGGAUCAUAACGGAAAGUUUUAUCAACCAACCAGAUAUCAAAAAUCACGAUUGUCCAAUCCGAUCCCUUUCGAUCCAUUCUUGAGUAGGAAUUGAGCUUCAAAGGCUACCUACACCGAUAAUUAUAAAUUGUCGUUUAGCGUUUUUUAGCUAUUAUGACGUUACAUUAUCAUGUGUCGAUUACAGUCAAACCUGUAUAUAGCAAAUACUCCCGAUAAAUCGAGUUGUCCGCUAAAUAUUAUGCUAUAUACAGAGCUUUUUGUUGUCAAUGCGGAAAUUCUUCGCUAUGUCCAGGUUUGAUGUGUUAUAUUUAGUUCAGUUAAAGUGACGAGAAAAAAUAUCACGUGACAAAAGCA